GUGAUGAGACUGACUUCCGGCGACUUGAGAGUGAAAAACAAAGACGAUUACUGAUGGAAGAGAAGCGUCCAUCAGGCCGAUCGAAACGGCCUAGCAAACCUCCAGAAGAUGGCAGUUGGGACUGCAGUGUAUGUACCUACAAGAACUCAGUGGAAGCAUACAAGUGUGAGAUGUGUGACGUACGCAAGGGAACAUCCACCAGGAAACCGCGGCUAAACCAGCAAUUGGUGGCUCAGCAGGUGGCCCAACAGUAUGCGGUUCCAUUGUCCCCCCGUCCCCUGGGCCUGGCCCGGUUCACAUUGCCCGAUGACAGUGACCCUGUAUACCCCAAAAUGAAAUCUAAAUGAUUAAAUAAACAUGACAGGUUUGAGCCACCAGCACCACCACCUAAACCAGUAUUGAAGAAGGAGAAAAGUGCAACAGCACCAGCCGAGCCGCCCACUAACUUGAGUAAGAUAGAGAAGGGAGAAAAAUCAAGCUUCAACAAAAAUACACUACACAAGAUGAACAAAUCAAACAAGACAAAGACAAGACCUCCAAGAUUGAAAAAUGUAGAUGGCGAUAGCGGAUCACAGAUGGCGGUUACUGUAGACGAUGUGACUGUCAUUAUAACUGAGAAUCUGCCGAAGCGUAUAAAGUUAUCAACAGACAUUUCUAAACAUUCUGAUAUAAGUGAUUCCUCCUCUAAUGCAAGCAAUGACAUUGUGGAAGAACGGCUUUUGAGUGACAAUCAUGGGUGAAUGGUUCACAGUCCAAGGUUGUGAAAUGGUUUGGACCCUGUUGUUGGUAGUGACAUUUAAAUGAAUGAUGAAGUGAGAGUAAAGUGACAUGAUGCUAAAAUCAGAUUACACCCACCCUUGGUAAUUUACACAUGUUGAACAGAAGAAUCCAUUAAAUCCAAUUUUACAUUUAUUUGUUUGUCCAAUUGGUUUAACUGAUAGAAAUAUUUACAUCAUGUCAAAUAGGCGUCAUCAAAUCAGGGCAAGUCAGCUUCAUCAAAUGUAGGCAACUUGGCAUCAUCAAAUCAAGGCAACUUGCAUCAUCCAUUCAUGGCAACUAGACAUCACAUCAAAUUGUUGCCAACAGAGCAAUACAUCUCCAGCGCAUUUGGACCUGUAUAUUGUACAGUGUAUCUUGUUGAAUGCUCAUUGGAUAUUUGUGCCAGUUAGAAAAUAUGCUUGGUGUAAGUUCUCUGUGUUAAAAAUGAGAUAUAUUAUGAAUUUUUAAUAAACAUUUAACAUUUUUU